GAGUUGUCUCGUGUGUCUUGAGUGAUUAGGGGCUGGCGGCGCACGCCAGGCUCAACUAUUGUACGCGGCGGCGCUUCAUGUCCUUUGAAAGGCGGCCCAGGCUGUAACCGGCAAAGGAUGGCUCUGGCCGCUCCGGACUGUUGUCAGAAAAGCCCGCCAUACCCCCUUCUUUUGCUAGUCAGGGUGGCAAAGAAAAAACAAAGGAGCCCGCGUUCUUCAACUAUCCUAGGUGUCAUCUUAAAGCACCACAUAUCCCUCCUGCAUGCUACUGUGUCUCCAAACAGGGUUCAACAUUGUGUGAUGAGCACACACCAGACAUCAUGAGGUCUUUAGUAUCUCUCACCUUCAUGGUGUCUACGUUCCUAGUCAUAGUGAUGCCUUUUGCUGAAGCCCAGAAAGUCAACAACAUAACGGAUGCUGUGUCAAAGCUCCCUACCUGCGCUGCUACCUGUAUACUAUCGGCAAUCAAAGACUCACCAUGUGGGUUGACAAACACGACCUGUAUCUGUUCUGAUUCGCAAUUUGAAACCACGACUGAGAGCUGUGUAACAUCUACCUGCAACGCCAAAGAUGCCCUUAAUACCAAAGGUGUCUUCAUGGCCACCUGUGGCAACCCAGUGAGGGAUCGCAGCCCAACUUAUGCUCUGCUUACCUGGGUGGUCCUGGGCCUUAGCACCUCAGUGGUAGCUGCUCGCUUGGCGUACAAGCUCUUCUCGUCGGCAGAGAUUGGACUUGACGACUUGUUCACCUUUCUCGCCUACCUCGCUGUUGUUCCGUCCUUCGUCAUCAAUCUAGCCGGUCUCAUCCCCGCCGGCCUUGGCAAAGACAUAUGGACCCUUACGGCAAGCCAAAUUAGGGAUUUCGGCUUCUGGUUUUAUGUUGUAGAGCCCUUGUACUUCGUCCAGAUGGGCCUUGUCAAGAUGGCACUCUUGUGCUUCUACAUGCGCAUCUUCGACCGUACGGUUAUUGGAAAGAUCCUGUGGGGCACGGUAGCCUUCAACGCUAUCAACACGUUCGUCUUCACCAUAGCUAGCAUCUUUCAGUGUACCCCCAUAUCAUACUAUUGGACAAAGUGGAGUGGCGAGAGUCAGGGUAGUUGCAUCGACAUCAACGGGCUCGCCUGGGCAUAUGCUAUUAUCGGUAUUGCCCUGGAUAUUUGGAUGCUCUACCUAUCUCUAUCAAUGAUCCGGACCCUCCACCUUCAUUGGGGGAAAAAGCUAGCUGUUGCGCUGAUGUUCUUUGUCGGUGCCCUCGUCACAAUCAUCAGUAUACUAAGACUCCAGUCGCUGGUUCGCUUCGCAAAAUCUAUGAACCCAACAUGGGAUCAGUACGAUAUCGCCUUCUGGACAUCCAUCGAAGUACCUAUUGGCAUAAUUUGCUGCUGCAUGCCAACCAUUCGCCUUAUCCUUAUCAAGGCGUUCCCAACGUUUUGCCGAAAGCUCGACCGGCACUAUAGUUUGGACAAACAUAUCGAUCCCUCAAACAAAGUAAACCAGAACCCGGCUCGCAGCCUGACACUUCGCGGUGCUGCUCCUAAUUCCUUGACUACCAAGCUUCUACCCGUUCUACAGGACACCAAAAGCAUGACGGCCACUCAACCUCUCUCUCUCAAGACUUACGACUUUUUGAGUUCGCAGGGAACGAAAGACCUUGAGACUGGGAGCGUCAAAGAUUGCAACUCGCCAACAUCACACUCUUCCAGCGCGGUUUCUUAUCAUGAAGGUUCAGGUCAGAGGUAUCCAGAGGCCAUUAAAAGCAACAGUUGCCAAGAUACCUAGUCAAUGUGCUAUGGUACAUAGUUGAAACCCCCAUAUAUAAAUCUGUUUACGUCGUCGAGUACUAGGAGCACCUGCUGUGGCACUUGGAGCUGCAACACUCUGAUGCCCCUUAUUUCAUAUACAAAGACCGUAC